AUGUUUUCUGUUCUUUCCCGAGGGACUGGCUGCCUGGUAAAAGCAGUGGAGACGGCAGCCCAACGUGAGGCGUUCAUCAUAGGAAAGCCCAACCGGUACAUGUUUGAUUGCGUGGUGAGCGAGUUCAACAUCGAUCCCGCUCGUACCAUCAUGGUGGGAGAUCGGCUGGACACAGACAUCCUCAUGGGCAAUAGCUGUGGCCUCACGACUCUGCUGACGCUUACCGGGGUCACCACGCUGGAUGAAGUGAAGGGCCACCAGGAGAGCGACUGUCCUGCCAGGCAGAGCCUGGUUCCCGAUUACUAUGUUGAUAGCAUAGCCGACCUUCUCCCUGCACUGGGGGAUUAAUAUAGCAAAAUGCUUGCAGCCUCUGCAGCGGUAUCCCAAGGAGGGCCCCUGUUAAUCACCUUGUGACAGUAAUGUACUCACUAGGAUACCACCUGGAGUUAGCAACCCUUAGCUUUUUAACCUUUCUGUCCUCUCGAUAUGAUUUUGUUUACAUCUCGGUCUUUUA